AUCCUCCUGAACGCCAAGUGCCACAUGAUCCGGGACAGGCAGGUCCUGGAGAAGCGGCUCAUCCGCCGGGAACUGGCGGAGGAGGAGAAACGCCUGGAAAAGCUCAUGGAGACGGAGCGGGAAAAGGGCCUCUGGAUCCAGGAGGAGCUGAAGCGCCGCAGGAAGGAGCAGCUCGACAGGGUGAAGCAGGAGGUGCUGGAGCAACUGGAGCAGAGGGAUGGGACUGGGAUGGAUCCAAAGGGAAUGUUCCCAUUCCCAAAUUCCAGGACGAAGCAGGAAUUGCUGGAGCAGCUGGAGCAGAGGGCACUGGGAUGGGACUGGGAUGGAUCCAAAGGGAACAUUCCCGAAUUCCCAGGACAAA